GACAAUGUCAGCGGCAAAUCAAUCUGAUUGGUCGAAAUUAAACGUCCCGCCACGAAGCAGCCAAUCACAUAGGCGGCGUUGGCUUUAUUUUUUGUUUAUAGUUACAUAAAUAUAGCUACGUCGACUGACAUUGCAUCUAUGCACACAUUCACGCACAAUAUGAACGAACUGUUUUCCAGCAAGCGCACAUUUCGUAAGCAGCAGAAGACAGAAAGACUAAUUUCAUUUACGGCCUUGUUCGCGUGCGCUGUGUUGUUCAUUGUGUUGACAGUUGAAAACGAUUGACGCGAACGAAUGGCUAUAAGCUAAAGCUAUCGGUGCGAAAGUCAGUGUAGUCGGUGGCAGGUUUUCACUUUUCUUUAAAUUAAUAAAUAUACUAUUUUACAAAAAAUAUCGAAUUGAGCUAAAUUAUCAAUUCCCAGUGAAAGAGACAGUUGACAUAAGUGAUCAUUACGAAUAAUCCUGUAUUUGUUGUGUACGGCAGUGAUGGACCUUUCGGCGAUAUUGAGGAAUUUCUGCCUUCAAAUGGUGAUCCUAGUGUAAGAACUGUUUCUACGGCUGUUCAUUGAGAUGAAUUUGCUGUUCUACAUCGAAGAAAUGAUUUGUGUUGUUGCAAAUCAUAACCUCAAUUGCGCGUCUUUGUGAAUACGUCGAUUCGUCGUCAAUUCCCUGUGCGACGUCUCUAACUGAAGUAAAGUUUAUUCUUUAUAUAUGAUUCAACGCGAGUAUCAAAUGAACAACGGGUUUAGUACAGGAGAAGAAGAUUCUCGAGGAAAUUCUGACCAAAUAUGUUGCCUUGUGGAUGACAGCGAUCGGUGCAGGCGAUCCGCUGGCAACGCGGCGUACAGCAAGCGCAUCCAGAAGACGGUCACCCAGCGGCGGCUCAAGCUGAACAUUGACCCUCAGGCCAGACAUACAUACAUUUGUGACUACCACAAAAACAUGAUUCAAUGCGCCAGAACGAAGCAAAGAAGGCCUAAGGAUUCAGAGGACGAUAGUAAUGAGGCAGAAAUGGAUUCACCAGAAGUUGACUGGUUCUCACUGCAAGUGAACACACUCAGGCGUUACAAGAGGCACUACAAGGUGCCUACGCGGCCAGGGUUCAAUAAAGCUCAAUUAGCAGAAGCUAUACAGAAACACUUCAAGUCAUUGCCAGUAAAUGAGAAGGAGAUUAUGACAUAUUUUAUUUAUAUGGUAAAGACAAACGGCAAUAAGCUGGACCAGAAGAAUGGAAUCAACUCUGAUUCUGUAUAGACUGUGGUGUAACUUAUAUUUUAGAAGACAUAGACUUAAUUAGAUUUAUAUUUUAGGUCCCUAUUCUUACUCAAUUUCUCUUCUUAAAUUAUCAGUCUCAGAUGAUUUCUUAGCAGUCAAUUAAAUAUAGUAAUUCCUCUAAUAUUGCAAAACAAUUUGUAUAUAAGAGUAUAAACAUUAGGGUGGAGCGAAAAAACACUUUUCUGGAAUUAGCAAACCUAAUAGUUAUCAAUCAAUGCCCCUUAGUCUAUGAAGCCUUUGUGCAAAUUUUCGGCUUUUUAAAUCAACAUCUGCC